GGUAGCGUGUUUAGGUGUCAUCCUUGAGGAGGCAGCGUUUUCUGGGCUUUUGCUUGUUUCUCUCUCUCCAGAAGGUUCUGCGGGUUCCCCAUCUGUGGGUACCCGACUUUGUAUCACGCCGCCAUGAUGGGCCAUCGUCCCGUGCUCGUGCUCAGCCAGAACACAAAGCGUGAAUCUGGAAGAAAAGUUCAGUCUGGAAACAUCAAUGCCGCCAAGACUAUCGCAGAUAUCAUCCGAACAUGCUUAGGACCCAAGUCCAUGAUGAAGAUGCUUUUGGAUCCAAUGGGAGGCAUUGUGAUGACCAAUGAUGGCAAUGCCAUUCUUCGUGAGAUUCAAGUCCAGCAUCCAGCAGCCAAAUCCAUGAUUGAAAUUAGCCGGACCCAGGAUGAAGAGGUUGGAGAUGGGACCACAUCAGUAAUUAUUCUUGCUGGGGAGAUGCUGUCUGUUGCUGAGCACUUCUUGGAGCAGCAGAUGCACCCAACGGUAGUGAUCAGUGCUUACCGCAAGGCAUUGGAUGAUAUGAUCAGCACCCUUAAGAAAAUCAGUUCCCCUGUUGACAUCAGUAACCGUGAUAUGAUGCUAAACAUCAUCAAUAGUUCCAUUACUACCAAAGCAAUCAGUCGGUGGUCCUCUCUGGCUUGCAACAUUGCCCUGGAUGCUGUCAAGACUGUACAGUUUGAGGAGAAUGGUCGAAAGGAGAUUGACAUCAAGAAAUAUGCCAAGGUGGAAAAGGUACCUGGGGGAAUCAUUGAAGACUCCUGUGUCUUACGUGGAGUCAUGAUUAAUAAGGAUGUGACCCAUCCACGAAUGCGACGUUAUAUCACAAACCCUCGCAUUGUGCUAUUGGAUUCUUCUCUGGAAUACAAGAAAGGAGAAAGCCAGACUGACAUUGAGAUCACACGAGAGGAGGACUUCACCCGAAUUCUCCAAAUGGAAGAAGAGUACAUUCAGCAACUUUGCGAGGAUAUUAUCCAAUUGAAGCCUGACGUAGUCAUCACAGAAAAGGGCAUUUCAGAUUUAGCUCAGCACUACCUCAUGCGGGCCAAUAUCACAGCCAUCCGCAGAGUCCGGAAGACAGACAAUAAUCGCAUUGCUAGAGCCUGUGGGGCCCGGAUAGUGAGCCGACCAGAGGAACUAAGAGAAGAUGAUGUUGGGACGGGAGCAGGCCUGUUGGAAAUCAAGAAAAUUGGAGAUGAGUACUUUACAUUCAUCACUGAGUGCAAAGACCCCAAGGCCUGCACCAUUCUUCUCCGGGGAGCCAGCAAAGAGAUUCUCUCAGAAGUAGAACGUAACCUCCAGGAUGCCAUGCAAGUGUGCCGCAACGUUCUCCUGGACCCUCAGCUAGUACCAGGAGGUGGGGCCUCUGAAAUGGCUGUGGCCCAUGCCUUGACAGAAAAAUCCAAGACCAUGACUGGUGUGGAGCAAUGGCCAUACAGGGCUGUUGCUCAGGCCUUAGAGGUCAUUCCUCGUACCCUUAUCCAGAACUGUGGGGCCAGUACCAUCCGUCUACUUACCUCUCUUAGGGCCAGGCACACUCAGGAGAACUGUGAGACCUGGGGUGUAAAUGGUGAUACUGGUACUUUGGUGGACAUGAAAGAACUGGGCAUCUGGGAGCCAUUGGCUGUGAAGCUGCAAACAUAUAAGACAGCAGUAGAGACGGCAGUCCUGCUGCUGCGGAUUGAUGACAUCGUCUCAGGCCACAAAAAGAAGGGUGAUGACCAGAGUCGGCAAGGGGGUGGUCCCGAUGCUGGCCAGGAGUGAGCGGUGGUCACCAGCGGAUUCUUCCCCUUCCCUGAGCCACUUUGUCAGGGCCACUGUGGACGUCUUUGUUUGGAGGGGAUCAGGUUGAGGGGCAGCCCCCCGUGCCUUUCUGUCCCAGCUCAGUUUGCAAAAGGCACUGACAUGUAAUUCUUCUCUAUUGUAAGCUUUCCAUUUAGUUGCUUCCGAUGAUUAAAUCUAAGUCAUUUGAGACAGUC